AGGGCCCCAGGGAUCGCGGGGCGCCGCUGCCGCCGCUGCUCCGCUCGGUUCAGUCUCCUGGGCAGCGGCGGGACCCGGGGCCGCGGCGGGCGGCGGAGGAGCGGGAGCCGGGAGCUGCGGUCCGCCGAGAGUUGGGCAGGGGAGCGCCCGCGCCUCCGCGGCGUCAUGGGUCGCCUUCCCGGGCCUCAGCGGGCACCAGCCGCGGGAACCCCCAGGCCUCCUCGCGGCCGAGCCUGAGCGACCCCCGGGUUCUCAGGCGCCCGCUCCCUCCUCCCUAUUUUUUCCUGCUUUCGCCGCCGCUACCGCUUGUGCUCUCCGUUAUGGCAACAGAGCCGCCAUCCCCCCUCCGGCUUGAGUCGCCCGGCCCCCCAGAGAUGCGGACCCCACCGGCGAGCGAUGCCACCCCCGAAGGCACCCCGCAGCCAGCGGGUGGCAGGCUGCGUUUCCUCAACGGCUGCGUGCCUCUGUCGCAUCAGGUGGCCGGGCACAUGUACGGAAAGGACAAAGUGGGUAUACUACAACACCCAGAUGGCACAGUUUUGAAACAGUUACAGCCACCUCCAAGGGGCCCGAGAGAGCUGGAAUUUUAUAAUAUGGUUUAUGCUGCUGAUUGUAGUGAUGGUGUUCUUCUAGAGCUACGAAAAUAUUUGCCAAAAUAUUAUGGCAUCUGGUCACCUCCUACUGCACCAAAUGAUUUAUACCUAAAACUGGAAGAUGUGACCCAUAAAUUUAAUAAGCCUUGUAUAAUGGAUGUAAAGAUCGGGCGAAAAAGUUAUGAUCCUUUUGCCUCAUCUGAGAAGAUUCAGCAACAGGUCAGCAAGUACCCAUUAAUGGAAGAGAUUGGGUUCUUGGUGCUUGGCAUGAGGGUUUAUCAUGUUCAUUCUGAUAGCUAUGAGACACAAAAUCAGCACUAUGGAAGAAGUUUAACAAAAGAAACUAUAAAAGAUGGAGUCUCCAAGUUUUUUCAUAAUGGUUUCUGCCUAAGAAAAGAUGCUAUUGCUGCCAGUAUUCAGAAGAUUGAGAAAAUUCUCCAGUGGUUUGAAAGCCAGAAGCAGCUUAGCUUUUAUGCAAGUUCGUUACUGUUUGUUUAUGAAGGUUCAUCUCAGCCAACCACUACAAAAUCAAAUGACAGAACUUUGGCAGAAAAGUUUUUGUCCAAAGGACAAUUGUCAGACACUGAGUUACUGGAGUAUAACAAUAACUUUCGUGUGUUAAGUUCUACAGCAAAUGGAAAAAUAGAGGCUUCAGUAGGCAAAAGCUUAUCCAAGAUGUAUGCUUGUCACAGAAAAAUGUAUUCAAAAAAACAUCACAGUCAGACUUCAUUGAAAGUUGAAAAUAUGGAGCAAGACAAUGGGUGGAAAAGCAUGUCACAGGAACAUUUAAACGGAAAUGUACUUUCCCAACUGGAAAAAGUUUUCUACCAUUUUCCCACUGGUUGCCAAGAGAUUGCGGAAGUAGAAGUGCGAAUGAUAGAUUUUGCUCAUGUGUUCCCUAGCAACACAAUAGAUGAGGGAUAUGUUUAUGGUCUAAAGCAUUUAAUUACUGUACUUCGAAGUAUUUUAGACAAUUGAAUCUUUUGCUGCAGUCUUUUUAAGGGGUGAACAAAUCAUAAUGAAGAGCAGCAGUUAUUAUCUCUGCACCUGUAAUGCUGUGUAAAAACUUUGUAUUGUGAGUCAACAUUUUAUUUGUCUUUAUACUUUUGGUAGAAAGGUUAACUUUUUUAUAAUCUUACUCAGGAAUACUAAUUUGUUCAUUAGAAACCUAUGAAGAAUAAAGAAACAGGAAUGUUAAGCAGGGAAUGUGGUGGUACAUGGCCUAAACAUCUAUUUGGCUCAAGCAAAAUGGAAACCAUUUUUCAGUAAGUAAGAGUUUAUUUAGCUUUCUGUAGCCAAUGUAUCAUGAAAUCUGUCCACCCAACCUUGAAAAUGAGCCAUACUAACCUAUUGCAUAAUUAGAACCCUCAAAAUCUAGAAAGCACAGGUUGAUAUUCUUAGUAUUACUAUGUAUGAAGUUAUUAAAACUGGAGAAAAUUCUACUUCAGAAGUAAGUACCAUUUAGGUUUUAUAUUAAAAGUUCAGACCAGCAUAUCAAAAGGUGCUUCUUAGUGAAAUGAUGUAGAAAUGUUGCAUUCCAAAAGCAGGUUUUCCCUUUAAUUUCCAUUUAUCUAUGUAAUACAAAAUAGUAUACUUUGUGAAAUAUAUAAUGGAAAUGAACAACAACAACAACAACAACAAAAACAAAAAUACCUUGAAAUUAAAGGCACUGAUGAUUCUUACCAGGAUCAGAAGAGAGAAAUUAUUUGCAAGAAACAAAAUAUUUUUUCUUUUAAAUUCUUUUAUUGCAAGUUCUUUUAUGGCAAAAUUGGAAUCUAUAUUUACUACAUUGUGAGAAGGUAUUACAUAAUAUGAAGGUAUACAUGUAAUACCUUUUUCUUAAACAGAGGCUUCAAAGAAGUGGAUGGUUGAAACUAUUUUUCCUCUAAACAAUUUUUUAGAGUGUUUUCCUUUUAAAAUUCAUGUAUUUAUGUGUUCCCAUUUAGUUAAGCAGUAGUAUAAAUGUUUGUUGCUAAAUAUAGUGUUUCUCAGAAUUUGGUUAAGCAGUGAAAAACCAUCUAAUCAUGUAAGUGUUUUCAAAAUACUGUGUGUAAAUUAGUGCAUCUUAUAGGGUUUGGUGCAUAUCUGAAUCUGUACUUCUGGUUCACUAUUAUUCAUAACAGUUUUAGACCAUAUCCAAAGAGAAAUUAAUUUUAUUGGGAGCAGAGGCAAAAACAGAUUUGUAAAUAUAAUCUUUGUUUCACACACAUACCACCUUUUUAAAAUAACUAGG